UUCGCAUACCACUGGCGCCUCUUCUUCGCACACGAACGCGGAACGUCUGUCGAGUUGCAGACGGCCCUGAUGAGCGUCCAGUACAGGUCGGCGAUCACUCUAGCGCUGAGCAGGCCAUACCUCGUAACGAAUCGAGGUGUCCAGACGGCCCUGCAGCUGCGCUGCGCCAGGAAAUGGACCGUACAGCAACUCAUUGAUUACGUGGUGGGAGGGAAGCAGAGACACAAGUUUCGUUUUGACAUCGCAAACGGGAGCGGGUGUGCUUUCUGGUGCUUGACCGUGAUAUGGGACUUAGAGGAGACGGGGAUGUUUGAGAGAGGGACGACGGCAGCGGCGCAGAAACAUCGAGACGAUUUGCGCAUCAACGAUCCUCGUAGCUUGCCCGUGCAAAUGCCUCGCGGAUUCUUCUAUGCACGAACUCGUAAAGAGGCUCACGUCCGUCCUCCUCCGCCCGCAGGCAAGUGUUUGACCAAACUCGUUGCAGCAAUUUGA